AUGCCACCAGCAACACGUCGCGAGGUCAGGCUCAGUGCCAGCCUACCUCAUCCGCCCACCGACAAUGACUCUCACACCAUCCAAGCUAGUCGCUCAGCCAACUUCUUUGUGCCCAACAUGGAGUCCAUCCUCGAGAACUUUGAACAUUUCAAGCGAAAGCACAUCUCCCAGAAUCGAGAGAUCAUCAAAGCCAAUGCCCUUGCUCAGACUCGUAUGAGAGAGCUCGAGAACCGCAUCCACACUCUCGAGGCUGAAAAAGUGCAGAAAGAGAUCGAGACCGUUGGCCUCACUGCUCAGCUCACUCACCUUCGACACGCCAUCGCAUCCAUCCAUGCCGGCUGGGAAGCCAUUGGCAGAGGCCUCACUCUCGGUCUCACCCACCAACACGUCUCUUUCAAGGCCCCCAACUUUCCCACCACCUCCAAAUUGCCACCAUCCAACAGAGUCAAGGUCGAGCCACAUCCAAACGCAAGCGCCGUCGUCAAGCAUAUUGCUGCCGCCCCUCAAGCUCACAUCCAAUCUUUGCCAGAAGAGGCCAGCGAUGCAGAGCACAACCACCGCUUCCCUCAGCAAUCCUUCCCCAAUCCCGUAAACGGUGCUUCCACUUCGCAUCAACAGUUGGCCCAAUGGCAGCAACAGUUCAAGGCGAGACGCGCUGCUCAGAUCAGAAAGUCUGGCGCCUCCAGCCCGCUGAUAGGCAACACCAGCUUGGCUUCUGCACUCAAUAUGGACGAUGCGCCUUCUCCUAUGGCCAGUCCCGAGCUACCUGCCCAGCUCGAAGACGUCAUUGUUGCAGCCUCCGCUUCACGUUCGGAUUCCCAUCACUGGUCCUUACCCCAUGUCGCCGAACAAGCCUACAUUCCCUCAGCGCCCUUCGAGGUGCAGUCCGAAGCUUCCGACCGACCCGCCUUGCACGAAAGGCCCAGUCGUCAAUCCCUCCGCAGAUCAGGCCGCAAGUCAACGCGUAGACAUAGUGGCUACAUUUCCCACCAUGACUACGCUGAUGAUUAUGCCAGAAGUCAGUCUCCAGAGAACGAGUCGGCAUCUUCUUCCGCCCAACCUAGCUCAGAUCCGUUUCUCCCAUCCGAGGCCAACUCAGAAGCAAUGGAAGGCGUCUUGGUCUAUCCAGGCCACGAUGAUCAAUCUGCCCCUCAACCUCCUCUAACUGACAUCACAAAUGGUCGACUCGUCGCAACUUCCUCUCGCUUCGGCUCCGCCAGCCCCUAUCUGGAAGACCAUGUCAAAGCUGCAGACACAACGCCCCGUAAGCCAUCCCGCACCCACUCUGAAGGUGGCGCAUUAUUCUCCCAUCAUCCCUACAGCACCGCUGCAGCCAAUUCACCGCCAUCAGAAGCUCGAACACCUGAUGGACGCAAACGCAAAGUUCCAGCCCACGAACUUCACGAUCCCAUGCCCACACCAGCAAGGCUUUUCAGCGCCGCCAUCCAAGCGACCCCCUCUGCUCAUGUCGCUAGUGAUGCCACCGCCGAUACGGACUCCGAGACCCAGACCGGUCGAACGAGAAGGGUGAGAAAGAGCAUCAACUACGCUUUGCCCAAACUCAAUACAAAGAUGCGCAAGCCAGAUCCCAGCGAUCUUGUCCCAGCCUCAACGCCGCAUCGCUCCCACUCCAACACGCCAGCCUCUGCGCGUAGCAUGGUGGGUAGUACCGGCAAUCUGAGCGACAUCCGUAAACUGCACGAAGCGGCGGCUCUGCGACAAUCCCCCGCAGAGCGCACCUCUAAUAUGCGUUCAAAGGGCAGUCCCAGUCGUAGUAGCGGCGAACUGUCUAGAGGUCAGGAGGAAGGUGGUGUACGUAUGGCCGACCUCUUUGAGAUCCGUCAACACGCUAGUGCGCUCGCCGACCGCGAUCAAGGCUGCAAUCGACGCUCAAACUCAAACCUCGCUUUCUGGUCAACCGACGGCGUCACUGAUACCUCGGACGACGAAUCUCGUGUCACCAGCAAUGCCGACCUCGGCGAACUUGCCGAGCUUGAGGCCGCCGUGAGUGAUCUAUGCACAGCAGACGAAGCCAAGCAGGUGGACACUCCCAGAGCGCCCCAACCAUCCAUGUGGCCUUCUCGAUCGGCGGCUCAGAUCAGCGCUUCCUCUUCAACGGACAGUAUGGCCUCUUGCUCUUCCACUGCAACGAGCAAUGCUACUGAAAGUAAACGUCCCUCCUUGAGACGCAAGUCCACUCCACUCCCAUCUCGAUCGCGGCAAUCCUCGGUCGAACAGGCAAUGCAGGUUGAGGCAAUGCAAGUUGACAACGCAUCGAAUCAUGUCUCCCUCUCCCACCUCACUGACGACACUCUCGAUGCUGCCAUACUGACACAGCAAAAGCCAAGUUCUCGAGCCACGCCGCCUUCAGACACGAGUGGCACGACUGCUGCCACUACUGGUUCAACCAAAGCUACGAUGAGCGCCCAGAGCAUCGCCGACACCAAGAAGGCAGGCGAGCGCAGUCGCACAGUCUCUUCAGCAUCCAGUUCCACCGUGCUCGGCAACGGUCGCCCGCCCGUAGCGUCCAGCGGUCUUGCCGCUGGGAUGAAGCCCAAGCAGAGGCCCGCCAGUGCCGGUGCUGCUCUGGUAGGCUCUCGUUCGGUGAGUGCAACAUCAGGUGUAACGGCCAUCGAAAGACCGCGAACCUUCUCAGGCACAACGGCAGCUAACGCCGGUCUUGCGCAGUCUGCGUCAGGAAACGUCGUGCGCCCCACAACGGCAUCGUCAAUACAGCGCGCCAGCUUACGCUCGGCGCUCACGAAUCAGACAAAGUCGACACCUGGUCAGAUCACGCCGCGCAUUGGCGCCAAAGGUCUGCCCUUAUCCACGACGCCAGCCUCCAAAGACUCUCCACGCUUGGCUGGCACGCCCAUCCUCAGACCCACGCUUUCCACCAGCAGCCUUGCAUCAGAAUCUAGCGGUCGGUCUAGCCCGACACUCUCAACCGCAUCGAGCAGCAGCGCCAGCACCCAGCUCUCAAUCACAACGCGCACCUCGCUCAAGACGCAGCCUACUGCAAUGCAGCAGGCCAAGACGCAGCGACCGGGCACAGCUAGCUCCACAGCCUCUGCCACUGUCUCGUCAAGGGAAGGCUCGACGCCUCGAUUAAAUGCAUCCGCCACGCCUAUCAGUGUUUCAAGACCGCACCCGGCACGUUCUAUGCCUAGCUUGCGUCGCGCCACUGAAAAGACAGGGGUGACAUCGACGCCUCGUAUCACCGUGCGUUCCUCGUCCUCAACCUUGCCCGCAGCGGCCGGAGGCGCUAGUGGAGCCUCGACGGCGAUUUCAGCUGCGACGAUCGCCGCUUCCAAAGUCGCAAAAGCGAUCUCGUCGACCCCAGCAUCACGAGCCAGAGAGGCGAGUGCGACGGCAAUGGGACUUGGCAUCGAUUUCAGCUCAACCUUGGACGAGAACCCGGCGGGUGAGGAGCUGAUCAAUUUGACCGACAAGAUCCAUCAGGUGCUUCAGAGCUCUUCAUCGUCUGUGGCCAAUCCAUCUUUGUCUUGCCUUUCAUCAGAGGCGCAAUCAAGCUCGCCAACAACUGCCUGUAAGACGUCUAGUGAUGAUGCAUCCACAUCGGCUGGCAAUCUGGCAAAGGCAAGGCGAACGAGCCGUCGGGUCAGCGGCAUGACCGCCUGA